AUCCUCAUCUCGUGGUCAUGGUACUUCUGGAUUUCAUUCAACUACAGGGCAGUCUUUUCCACAUCGGCAAGAAGCCAGACGGUGGAUGCAGCAAGCAGAAAUGGAUCUUGAGGCAGCCAAGAAAGGACUUUCAAAUCCAUCAUAUGAUGCAUUCAACUGGAUUUGCUUCAUAUGUCACCAGGCAGCAGAGAAAGCUUUGAAGGCCAUGCUCUAUAAUAAUGAUGCUGAACUCGCUGAUCAGAUUAGAUGUCAUGACCUCCGUUCUAUUGCUCGGAACCUGCAGUGUGGAUCCAUUGAUGACCUGUUGAGUCUUGUGGAAAGGUUUGAGGCUCUUGGAUGCGACUACUACAGGAUGAGAUAUCCAGAUCGCCUCUCCUUCCCUCGGAUUCCUUUCAGUCUCUACAGCCAGCAGACUGCUUCAGAGGCUUGUCGCCACGCAGAAGACAUUGUUUGCUAUGCCAAGAGACACAUGCCUUGAAAAUACAUGAACAAAUUAUGCAAAGU